UACCGCAGAACACCGCGCGCCACGCCCCGCGCCGAAGAGCACCCCCCUCUUGCUCGAAAGCCGAGGGAGGCCGCCGCUCGUCUCCGCUGUGGGCCGCCCCGCCCCGCGGUGGGACGUGCCGGGAUGCCGUCUGCGGAGGCGCCCCCGGAGCUGCGGCUCCUCGCGGCGCUGGAGGGCGCCGUGCGCGCGAGUGACGCCCGGGCGGCGGGCGGCCUGCUGGCCGAUCCGAGCCUGCAGGCACCGAUGCGGCGCGUGGCCGAGCGGCUGCACCAGCUCGUCGACCCCAGGCUGCACAGUUUCGUCCUGCCGGCCCCGGCGCUCCGGCGCACGGCCCCUGCGCCGCGGCCGCCGCCGGCCUCGGAGGGCCCGCCGAGCGCGCCCUCCCGGGAGCCCCGCGGCGGCGAGGGCGCCUGGCCCGCGCCCCGCCACGCGGAUGCCAAGGGGGCACGCAGCGGACGCCCCCGUCGGAUCGCGGACGACCCGUUCGGCC